AUGGCAAGAAGAACGAAGGGGAAGGAAAAUAAGUCCAAGUUAAAGGGGAUUGGGGGAAAGAAAGAAGAAAGAAAGAAAGAGGAUACGAACCCCAGCACAAUUGGAGUAGUUGGGAAAGUCGAUGCGUCACAUUACCUCGACAUGCAGGAUUCGCGACCUGCACUCUACUCUAUGGGGACUUCUCCCAGCUGUGAUGUGGGGACCUAG